GCCAGCUCUACGUCGCCUGGCUGUUGCACAGCUAGAAACUUCGCGUCUUGCCCUACCACGUGGAACAAUGCAGAGAUAAGCAUGUGUAGUGCUCACUGCCACGAAUUGUUCGCCUUGCAGGAAACGAAGACCACGUGUUAGUGUGAACAAGGCGCCACGUUACGUAAUUAUUUAGAACAAGUAUUUCAGUUAAAAUUCCGUGUACGUUAUUACGGAGCCUGAAAGUUGUAUAAAACUCUGUGAAACUGGUGUUUGUUUAUACAUGUGAUCAAUGAAAGGAGGUGGAACUUGUGCUUACCAAUAGAAUCAUAUAAUUUAAAUACGUCAUCGAAGUCGCGCCAAAAAGGAACAGCUGGAAAGAUGAUGAAACUGCCGUAGAAGUGCAUCAGACACAAUCCACGACAACUGAGUGACAAUGUCUAUCAAGAAAAACAAGCUGUUAGCCUCAGGGAAGGAGACAUUACGGCCAAACAGUGACAUUAAGCUAAAGAAGGAACUAGGACUUUUGGAUGGUGUUGCUAUUAUUGUUGGUAUAAUUAUUGGAGCUGGUAUAUUUGUGUCUCCGAAAGGUGUUCUGAAGAGUUCGGGCUCCAUAGGACUUGGCCUUAUCGUGUGGGUCCUAUCCGGCCUUCUAUCCAUGAUAGGGGCAUUAUGUUAUGCCGAAUUGGGGACUAUGAUACCGAAAUCGGGCGGUGAUUACGCGUACAUUAACGAGGCGUUCGGACCGCUGCCAGCCUUCUUGUAUCUUUGGGUGGCGCUGUUGGUUCUUGUUCCCACGGGCAACGCCAUUACUGCCCUUACGUUCGCCCAGUACAUUCUGCAGCCCGCAUGGCCCACGUGCGAGCCUCCCUAUGAAGCUGUACGCCUUCUGGCAGCCGUCAUCAUCUGUCUGUUAACAGUUAUUAACUGUUACAAUGUGAAAUGGGCAACCCGUGUUCAGGACAUAUUUACAGGAACCAAGAUACUUGCGUUGGUUAUUAUUGUCAUUGCUGGGAUGUGGGUCCUAGCUUCUGGAAAAACAGAGAACUUCAAAAACCCAAUGAGUAACACCAACCCUGAGCCAGGUUUUAUAGCACUGGCUUUCUACUCAGGCCUCUUCUCAUAUUCUGGUUGGAACUAUUUAAACUUUGUAACAGAGGAGUUAAAGGAACCAUAUAAGAAUUUACCAAGAGCUAUUUGGAUCUCUAUGCCCUUGGUAACAAUAAUCUAUGUUCUAACAAAUAUUGCAUACUUUGUUGUGCUUACAAGGGAUGAGCUGUUGGCAUCAGAUGCUGUUGCAGUUACAUUUGGGGACAAAUUGCUUGGGGUAAUGUCCUGGAUUAUGCCAUUCUUUGUUGCUUGUUCAACAUUUGGAGCCCUCAAUGGAGCCAUAUUUGCAUCAUCACGGCUGUUCUUUGUUGGAGCUCGUCAAGGACAUUUACCAAAAGCAAUUGCACUCAUCAACAUUGAUAGGUUCACGCCUGUACCUUCAUUAGUCUUCCUGUGUUUCAUAACAUUAGUACUGCUGAUCAUCAAGGAUGUGUAUGUGCUCAUCAACUAUCUCAGCUUUGUGGAGGCUUUGUUCACAACUCUGUCAGUAUCAGGGUUGCUCUGGCUCAGGUGCAAAAGGCCAGAUGCUGAACGCCCUAUCAAGGUAAAUAUAAUAUUCCCCAUUAUCUUCUUUAUUAUCUGCUUGUUCCUGGUUACACUUCCAUUUUAUGUCAGCCCCUGGGAGGUAGGCAUUGGACUGGUUCUCAUCAUAUCUGGCAUUCCAAUGUACCUCAUCUUUAUCUACUGGAAAGACAAGCCUCUGUGGUUAAUCCGGAUAUCUGAUUCGUUCAAUCUUGUCUGUGCCAAAAUGUUCCUGUGUGUCUUGGAGGAUGGGAAGAGAAAUCACUGAAAGUUGCGAAGGCAAAGUGAAGUUCUGUGUGACAGAAUGACAGGAAACAUUCCUGGCAAUUGUGACUAUAAUGAGACAAUAAUACAUGGAGUUUCUUAUAAAACUGUAUUUAAGAGAUGUUAAACAUGUAAGCAUGAUGUAUGAUUUGUGAAAAGUAUUGACUAUGAAUGUUUUACAGUCAGCUUCAUCAAGUAAUGAAUUUUUCUCAGAUGAUCAUCCCGUGUCAGUACGGAGUGGAUGUUGAACAUUUCAAAGACGGCCUCCAAAAUGAGGACAUUUACUCCAUUCUGACACAGCAAAUUGCCUGAGAAGAUUUCAGUGCAUUUACAAACCAAAAGGAUCAAAUAUUAUGAUUGUUAUCAUGUUGAUGCAAUAAUAAAUAAGUUAUUUCAUAUGGA